AUGAAGAGGGCAGUUUCUAGAGUAUCCAGUUUUGUGGCUAAGUGGGCUACAGCAUUUAUUGGCAAGUAUUUAGAAAAUGUCUCAGAGGAUAGCUUUGAAUUGGGAUUAAACUCUGGUAAAUUACAACUAAGGGGUGUAAAAAUUAAGAAAGGAAUUAUUGAGCAAUUGAAACUACCUAUAAAGGUUAUUCAGGGUAGUAUAAAAACUAUUAACAUCUCAAUACCAUAUGGUAAUAUAUUAAGAUCUAAUAGUAAUGCUCCAUUAGUUAUUGAAAUUGAUGAAUUAAAUUUAAAUGCAACAUUUCUAGAUGAAUUUGAAAUGAAUACUAGUCAUAUAGAAAAUUUGGUUGCUUUGAGUAGACUAAAACUAAUUGAGCAUUGGAACUUGCAACUUCUGACUGAGUUAGCUGAAGAAGAAUUUAAUGUUAAAGGAGGAGUUCACAAACAUGAAAAUAGUCAACCAUUUUGGAGGAGAAUAAUAUCUAGACUUAUUCAGGAUAUUAGAGUUCAUUUUCGGCAUAUUCAUGUCAGACUGCAAAGCACUACGAUGCAAGAUAAUUUUUUUUUGGGAAUAAUUUUGAGAUCAUUGGAGAUCCGAUCAAUUCCUCACAUAAAUGAUUUAAUAGUUAAAAAUCAGGUAUUGGAUACUGUCGAAUCAGUAGAUUUACAUAAUAGUACUGAAAUAAAUCUAGGACCCGAGCUCCUAGAUUGUUAUCAGAGACAAAUAGACUCAUCAAGAGAAUUAUUUACAAUUGAUUCUGAAAAUUUGAAUUCAAUAUAUUUUGAUCAUUUCUUUCAAUUUAAAAAUUCUUCAAGUUACUCUUAUAAGUUAUUAGAAUUAAACGGUCUUACAGUUUAUCUUCAUCCAGAUGGUAUUUCAGAUGCAGAUAUAUUAAAAAGUUCUGGACAUUCUUCAAUAUGUAAACCUUUAAUAUAUCCAUUCUGCUGUAAGUUAUUACUUAGGCAAUAUAAUGAUGCUUUUGAUAAUGAAAAGAAGCCACUUUAUACAAUUUAUGGAAUUCUGGAUGAAGUAACUGUUACUAUCUCUAAAGAUAUUAUUACACAUAUUUCAUUUUUAUUAGAUUAUCUUCAAUACUUCAAUAAUUGUAUGGAAUCUGGUAAAAUUAGGUUAGAAAGAAGAUAUCUAUAUAGGCCAAAUGUACCAAUUAAGGGUAAUGCAAGGCUUUGGUGGAAGUAUGCAGCUGGCUGUAUUUUAAGAGAAGAUUUAAAUUGUUUAAAUCGUUCAUCUAAUAGUAGCUGUUCUGCAUUUCUUAAAGUACAGGACACAUACAGAGAUGCAAAGAUAUUAAUGUAUUGCAAAGAUUAUUCGGAGUUAUUUCAAAAAUAUUUUGAAGAAUCUAUGAACAGGUGUGAUAUUACAUUUAAUGUAAGUCAAUUUAGCACUUCAUUACUAGAAUUUUCCAAGCAGAAUUGUGAAUAUUACUGUACUCGUAUACCCUUUAACAUAUUUUUGAAUAUUCAUACAUCUUUAGUUCAUAAGUGGGUUGAAGAAGGUUUCCAAAAAAGUAGUAAUAUUUUUUUAUCUAAAAAGGAAUGCUUAGAAAAUACUCAAAUGAGUAAAAUAGGAUGGAAGCAAUGGCUUCUUAGUCUUCACAAAUUAUUAUCUCCUUCAGCUGUGGAUUCUUCGGAGAUUUUCUAUGAUGCAUCUGAAGGAAAGAACUUUGAUAAUUUAAAUGAAGAAAUGGGUCAACCUAAUUCUGAUUUUUAUGAAGAAAAUUUACAAGUAGUAGAUGCUAUUAGCUCGUGCACUUCUAUAGAUAUUGAUUCUUCAUCUUUUUAUGAUUGCCAUUCUGAAGAAGCUGAACAAAAAUCUCAAAGCCAACUACAUGUAACAUCUAUUUUUUCCAGUACACCAUAUAUAUAUACACAAUCCCCAUUUAUUUCUAUAAGAAUAAUUUUAAAGAAAAUGAAGUUAGAGAUUUUACUUACAGAUGAUUUAGAUAAGCCAGUAUCGACAAAUUCAGCUACUCUUGUUGGAGCUAUAGACAAUUUUGGUAUUGAUUUCCUACAAUCCGAGUCAAAUUUGUCAUUAAUGAUAGUAUUACAGGAAUUUUCUUUAGAUUAUGCAGAUAAGAAUGAUGAUAUAUAUCAUUUAAUAUAUCCAGAUAACCAAUCUAAUAAGAAAAUAUUUAAUAGAUGGUUUACUGGGUAUUAUGUAUUCAGGUCUAAUUCAUUCAUUUCUGGAAGUUCCAUUAGGAGGCGUGGUGCAUCAGCUAGUACUAGCUCAGAUGCAAUACUAGAAACAAAUAAUUCUAUGGAAACUGUUAAGAGUGAAAAUAAGCAAUCUAUUUGUCUAAAUGUAGAGAAAUGUUGUGUGAAUAUAUAUUCAAAUGUAAUUUUUUCGAUUUAUUCAUGGUCUCAAAAACUGAUUAAGAACAAGAAUUAUCACUGGCCUCAGGAAGUCAGGGUAGAUAAAGGUCAGACAGAAGUUGAGAACACUAGAGAUGACUUAAAACAAAGUGAUCAAUAUAAAAAUAGUUUUAUUGUAGAUUCAGAAUUAGUAGAAUUUGACAUAUAUAUUGCAACUCCAAUUCUUAUUUUUUGUUAUGAAACUGAGUUGAAUGAGUCAAUCUGUGGGGUUGUUAGUUUUGGCAAGAUAUCCGUAACUAACAAACGUCCUUGGGAAAAAAAUUGCUUGGAAAUUGAUGGAUUGAAUACUGAAAAUGCUUUUGAUUCCCAAUAUUUAAUGAAUAAGGAAUUUCCAACCUUUUAUAGAUAUUCUCCAACAAAAAGUAAAGUUUUUUGGUUUAAAUGUAUUAAUAGUCAAAAUUAUUAUAUUAAAGUAGAGGACAUAUAUUUAUGUACAUAUAGUAGUUCAUAUCCAAUAUUUUACAAGUACCCAAAAAAGGGCUCAAUAAAUAAGAAAAGUAAUCAGGGUUUUACUGACAAUUGCAAGGUAAAAUGUGAAUGUUCAAAUAACUAUACAUUAUUUAAUAUAGAUUGUAUUGAUGCGAAAUUAUAUUCACUAAAUUACAAAAAAUACAAUAUGUUUGACGAAACUUGUAUUAAAUAUGUAAAACUUCUUGACGCUUUAUCACAUUUGGAUAUUUUUAGUAGUAAUUUAUUUAAUGAAAAAUCAUUUAUAAAUCUGGCAUUAGCUACAAAUUCAUCUUGUCUAGAUGUGAAAUCUUCAGAUACCUAUUUAAAUGGUGAGUUAUUAGAUAAUUUAUAUAUAUCUCUUAAUAUUGAAAGUAUAACAUUGAAUUUUGAUCUUAAAGUAUACAAUCAAUUAUACACAAAUUUUAUAAAUCUCGUUAAAUAUGCUGGUAUUGAUAUAUUUGACUGGACAAAAAAUAAAAUACCUAUUGAAACAUCUAACAUAAAUAAAUUUAAUAAGGUUUAUCAAUUAUUCUGGUUCGUUAAACUUCAAAACUUAGUUUUUGAUUGUGCCUUAGAUACUUAUUUUUGUCUAAGGUUGUCUGGGAACUCUAUUUCAAUGUUAAACUUGAAUUAUGAUCAAAAUUCCAUUGUAAAUAUUUUUGUAGAGAAGAUUUUGGGAGAUUGUAUAAUAAAUAACGAUUUUGAAGCAUCUUCUAUUUCUUUGUUUGUUAAUUCAGAUGUGCAUGUGUAUACAAAAGUUCCACUAAGAGAAACUGAUAAAAACUUGAUAAUAAAAUUGGACUCUAAAGCUACUAAAGUUCAUUUAAGGCCUACAAUUCUGCAAAGUUUAAUUGAAUUUUUUAAUAAAAUUUCUCAAUGUAAGCCUUUAGUUAGUAGCCUCAGUAAGGAGAACCAAGUUUCAAACCCAAAUUUGUUCUCAUUGGAAAUAACAUUUGAUGAAUUUGGAUUAAUUAGCUAUCAGCGUAAUAGAGAAUUUUUUGAAAUGAAUAUGACUAACAUUAUUAGAAUUAGAAGAACAAAAGAAUCAAACAUUGAAAUUAAUGCGAUUACAAAGUCAAUAUCCUGUUACUUUAUAUAUGAUCACAGCAAUAUUCUAAUAUUUGAAGUAAGUCCUGAAGAGUUUCUAGAUGCAAAUUUACUUUUAAAAAUCGUACUAAGUGAGAAAGUUCACUUAAUAAAGGGAUAUGAAAUAAAAACAAUGUAUAAAAUGACAUUUACAUCUCAGGUAUUUGUAACUGCUAAUCGAGUAACAGUAAUACUAUUUUUUGACAAAUUCUUGCAUUCAAUAUUCUAUUUUGAUAAUAUAUUGGAAAAUAUUCAGUCUAUAACAUCUAAUGAGAUAUCUGAUUCAAAUUCUUAUAUAUCACUAAAAGAUAUUAAACUUGAAAAUUUCAAAGUAAUUAUUCCAGCAUCAACAGAUCAAGAAUAUGCGUCUAAAGAACCAAAGAUUCUACUAAAUAUAGAUCAUUUCCACUUUCAUAACAAAUACAAUGUUUUUAGCAAGUUUUGUGGUGAGAAUUUGCUUCUAUAUAUAUUUAAGUUUUGUGGGGUAAAUCUAUAUUAUUUCGAAGGUGAGGAUAAAAAUUCUGUAGGAAGUUACAAUGAAAUAGGUACACUUCCAAGUUUGAAUUUCCAUAUUAGAAGAUGCCAGAAAACAAAUAAAGCUUACCCUUUUGACUUGAGUUGUUUUUUCGGAUCUUCUGAAAUAGCAAAGUUGAAUUUUAAACCAAAAUAUAUAUCUUUAUUAGUUGGUGUAUUUGUUCAGAAUAUAAUGUAUGAUGAUGAAGAUAUUUUGGAAUUAAGGAGAAUAUCUAAAAGAACAAUUUCAGAUCCUUAUUAUAAUAAAAGUAAUGAAGAAAGUAAUGAAUAUUUUCCUCACUUAAUAAAACUCAAAUACUUUGGAAAUGAGGUAAUUGAAUGCUACAAAUCAAGAAUAAGUUCCAAUUAUUUUAUUGAAGAUGUAAACACUCAACCUACACAUGCUAUACACUUUUUUUUUCCUAAGUUAAAAAUCCAAUUACUUCAUAAAGUAAAAGAAGUCGAAUUAGAUAGAUCUGGGUUUAAAGAUUUUAUUACUUUAGAUUUUACAGAGUUGGGCAUAUACAUAAACAAAUAUUUUACCAAGAACAUCUCUGUGAUUAGUGUGUGUUUUUUGAAAUUUAGUUUAAGUAAUAAAAGAGGUUUACCAUUAAUUGAGGUGAAUGGGGCAAAGGAUUUACAAGAAAAUUGUUCUAAUCCACUAUCUUCAAUGGUAGACAAUAGUUCUGAAUUUAAAAUAUAUUCAUGCGUAGAGUAUCAAGACAAGUAUUUCCCUGAGAUAUUUAAAAGGACUCAAUACCCUUUCCAUUUAUUAAAAUACUCUGCUACAAAUACUGAAAAUUCUUCUAUGCUGAAACUAAUUGAUAUAAAUCUGAUAUCACCUUUUAUUAAUAUUGAUUACAAAUUGGAAGCUUUUAUAGAAAUAUACAAGUAUUUUUGUGCAUUUAUGGAAACAUUUGAAUAUCAAAGCACUAAAUUUGAAUUAUUUAAAAAAGAGAAAUAUAAAACAAAACAAGAAAAUAAGAGCGAUAAUAAAAUCUUGCUAAAUAAAAAUUUCAGUAUUAAGCUACAGCAAGUUAAUAUAUCGUACUCUAAUAGUGAUAUUGUCUUGAUUUUAAAAGGAAAUUAUGAGAUUAAUCACUUGAAGUUAAUUAAUGAUUUUAUUGUCGAGAAUAAUACUACAAAUAUGAAUUCUGAGUAUACUGAGUAUAAAAGGCAACAAAGUUUGAUAAUAGAGACACUAGCGUCCCAAUCAUCAAAUAUAUUUAACACAACUAGAAUAUUGGAAAAUGAAGAAUCCACUACAAAUUUAAUGUUAUCUGAAUCUAUGCUUAUAUUAUCUACAAAAGAAUAUUAUGACUUAGUAUUUUGGAAAAAUUUUGAAGGUCAUUUGCUCUACAAUAUUUCUACAAUAGCAGAUGAAAAUUUAAUUCAUACUAAAAAAUUAAAAAGAAGUGGGAAAUUUAUCACUCAGCCAUUUGUAAUAAACUUCUCCUAUAUACAUAUAUCUCUAAUAUAUAGAUUAAUUUGUAGUUCUUAUGAAGUAAUAUCUAAAAAUAUAGAGUUGUAUAAUAUCAAUACCACAUUGACAGAUUCAUAUGAAGAUGGUGGUACAAGUUGGAACAUUAUUAUCUACAAAUCCAACAUUAUUUUACUUAAUUCAGUAAAUAAUUUGUGUAAUAUACCACUUUUAAAAUUUCACAUUCAAUCGUAUAACUUUAAUUACUCUAUGAAUUUAAAUAAAGACUCAAAGAUUAAACUCCCAAUUCAACAUAUAAACAAUGAUGCAGAAAUCACUUUAUGGUUUUUAAACCCUAAACAUGGAUAUUAUGAACCAAUUAUAGAAGAAUGCAGUUUCAUUUUAAAUGUUGAGAAAUAUUCAACUAAUGAGAUUCACUCUACAAAGUGUAAUUCUACUGGUAGAUCGCUUGUUAAGAUUAAUGCACAGUUUCCGACGAAAACUAGUUUUAACAUGUCACCUAUUAUGUUUAAGACUUUAUUGUUUCAUUCAAAAUUUUUAACAGAAAAUUGCUUUUUUGUUGAAUAUAAAAAGCUGAUAAAUUAUAAAUCUUAUAAAAUAAUAAAUAACACUGGUUUUGAUAUACAUAUAUUUGGCUAUCCUAAUUUUGAAAAGUUUCACGAAAAAUCUAAGAGAGAAAUUAAAAAUGAUGAUCAAGAUAUGUUCUUAUUUUCAACGGUUAUCUUAAAUGGUGAAGAGAAGGGAUUAAACCAGUUUGACAAUUGUUUUCACCCAUUAAAUAUUCAACUUUUGGGUAUUGAUAUUGGCAUCUUUGACAAAAGUAAAUUAAAAUUUAAUACUCUCUUUCGUAUGGGAAGAGCUAUUUCUAUUGAAAAUCCUGGAAACUUUGUAGUUCCACUGAUAUCAAAUAAAAAAGAAAGUACAAAUAUCACGCUUAUUUCAUCUCCAUAUAUUCUCUGCAAAGUCGAAUAUUGUGGUGACUUUGAUAUAGCAAUAACAAAGUCUUUAACUUUGAGCAGCCCAAUACAACUUAUAAACGACUUAAAUUUUACAUUGGAUAUGAUAUAUUGUGAAGUGAAUUGCAAUGACGAAAGUAUAAUAGCACAAAAAAAGUAUAUUAUCCCUGCAGCAUCAGCUUUACCACUACCAACAACUACCUUACCAAACUCAAAUAUAGAUAUUUUAUUUGGAAUCCACUUUGAAGAAGAUAUUGGAUCCAUUGAAAAUCUAGAUUAUAGCGAAUAUGGUAUACUACCUAUAUAUAAUAUAUUAAAUGAAAUUACUUCUGAGAAAAAAAAUCAAGAGCCAGUGUUAAACUUAGAUAGACAAUUUAUCCAUUAUGUCCAAUAUUUGGAAUGUAGUAGUAAAAAUCUAAACAAUUCUUUUGUUGGAUUUUAUGCAACAUUUGAAAGUAGACUAAUUUUAUCAAGAAACUCAUACUAUUAUCAGUAUAUUGUCAGAUUUUGCCCUUACUUAUCAAUCAUUUCAACCUUACCUAUUGAGUUAAAUUAUAGGAUUAUUGGUGAGGAAUCUGAAGAUAAGGGGAAGCAAGUUAUUCUUGAUUCAGGAAAUAUUAAUUACUUAGAACAAAAGCACCUACACGUACCAAUUAGAAACAGAAUAAAAAAAUUAACUAAUUCAGUAGUAUAUCAGUUUAGACUUGAGAUGGGAGUGUACAAGGAUAUCAAUAAUAAAUAUAAACAGAGUGAAUUUUUGAUGUUUUGGGCUUGUUCAAUAGACUUAAUAUCUGGAAUCAAAGUUGGAUAUUGGAGUAGUCGCAAUACUAGUAGUUAUCAAUUAAGUUCUGGUAUUGGAAGUAUUGUAGCUGGCAAAAAUCCAACAGGCAUUUUCACUAUAUACAACUUUUUAAAUUUUCCAAAGGGUUAUCCAAUGAAAUGGCUUAUUCAUUCUCAAAACUGGUUGAGUAUUAUAGGAACUGAAAUAAGACUUAGUGAUAUCCAACUGGUGAACUUUGCACAGUUAGAUUCAGCACUAGAAUUUGUUAAAGUAUCUGAUAAUUGGAUAAACUCUAAAGAAAAUCUGUUUGUGGAGAAUUCUUCGAUACCUCAAUUUGCCUACCCAAUUAUUCAAAAAACUGGAGCAAUUCAUAUGACAAAUCCUGCGAUAACUAAAGGUAUAUCAGACUCAUUAGUAGUUUACAUUAAAAACCAAAAAUUUACUAUUGACUUAAAUUUAGAAAAGGAUGUAUCUAAUAAAAUAGUAAAGAGUCUUGUAAUUCAGGAUAAGUUGGGGUCUAUUCCCAUUAACAUUUGUUAUCAAGAAAAAAAUAUCACAAUACCAUAUUAUAAUUAUAAUACUAGUUACAUAGUUGGAGUGCUUGCUAUCUAUUCUCAAUCAAUGGUGUAUAAUGAUACUUCAAUGAAUAUUGAAAUUUUAAAUUCAUCAUUUACUUUGAAGUUAAAACCAAAAACAUGGAUUUCGUAUUUUCCAGCUUUCAUCUACAAAAUGACAAAUCUGAAUUCUGUAAAUGUGUGUAGAGAUCAUUCUGAAUUAAAACCUAGUACAAAAAUACUGAAUCUUGCAGUGGAUUCUAAAGUGUUACUUCCAUUUGGGCUUAACAAGGGUCAAUCAUGGAAAAUUUUGCUUGAUAAUAAGUUUCCGAAUUUUGAUAAGCUUCCUGAUAAUAAAAAGCAAUUUUAUUUGUUAGUAAGUUCAAUAUACGAUAAUUUUCUUGAUUUAGAAAUACUGAAAAUAUCUAAAUGCUGCAUUGAAGAGGUGAAUAUUAAUAACGUAUCAAGCCCAUCUUUAUUUAUUUACAAUUGCUCAAAUAAAAAAGUAUAUAUUACUCAGAGAAUGAAUAGGACAGGUGAUUUGCAAACUUUUCAACAAAAUACAAUACGUGAAUAUAUAUGGUUUGAUUAUUUUUCUCCUAGAGAAUUAAUAAUACUUAGUGAAAACUCAAGUUUUGAAGGGGAUAUUAAUAACCUAGCAAAUAUGAAAUCUCCAGUAAAUAGAAGAUUUAUUCAAAUGCCUCUUGAAACUAGUUCAUUUGAAGUUUAUGACUUCGUAUCAUCUAACAAAGAUAAAUGGCUGAUAUAUAAAUGGUGUAGGUUGGAAAAAGACCAUUGGGUAUUUUGCAUCUUUUCAUAUACAGAUUUUAUGGACUGGUUUAGAUUAAAUGGAAAAAUACAUUAUGCUUUAUCCUUAUUACAACCAGUAAAAGUUCCCUUAAAGAUUUCCUCAACUUCAUCUUCAUCAAAUAUAGCCUGUAUACCAAGUAAUUCAAUUUCUUUAUCUCUUUCUAGAUUCACUACAAUCAAAUUAGAUAAAUAUUCAAUAGAAUAUGAAAUAAACAUAUUUAUGAGACAGAUAAUAUGCUCAAUAGUUGGUUUGAAUACAGUAAGCUACCCGGAAGAAUUGUUUUUGGUAGUUCUGGAUGAUGUGAUUUGUAACUAUGAUCAUGGUACUAAAACUGCCAGUCAACAUUUACAAUUAGCUAUAGGUAAUAUUCAAGUUGAUUUGCAGUAUAAAGAUUCAAUAUAUCCCGUAUUGUUGCAAAGGCUUCCUUCAAGCUCUUCAAGGACAUUGAAUACUUUGGAACAAAAAUUUCUCACUGCUUCACAAACAUUAAAUAUUUCGAAAUUAUCUUCUACAAAUUCAUCAUUAUCUUCAUCAUCUUCAUUUGAACAAGAUAUAAAUAAUUUACCUAUAGUUAUAAUAUCUUUGAGCUUUAGAAAAGAUAAAAUCCAACCUUCAGAUUAUAAAUUCAAAAACUUAUUUGUCCCUACUCCUACUCAAUCCUUAGCUGAAAGUUGCCUUGCAGAAAUUUGUGACUAUAUAGAAUCAUCUGGCUAUACAAAUAUAUUAUUAAGCAAACAAAAAAUUAAUAAAAUAGCCAAUUCAUCUAAAAAAUAUGGAUCAUUACCAAUAAUAGUUAUAAAAGAUUUCUCUAUAAGACUUAUGGGUAUUAACAUAUGCUUUGAUGCUCAAUUUAUAUAUAUUUUAACAAUGAUGAAUCACUACUUCGACUUAUUUGUAAAUAAAGCCGAAAUAGAUGAAGAUAGAAACUCAUCUAACAAAAAUGAAGGUUUUUCAUUGCUGAAACGCAUAUAUAUUAGAAAAUUCAGGAUUUAUCCUUUGGUAAUUCACUUAACAUUUAACUUGGACCCUUUAAAAUCUUUUUCUUUGUCAACGGAAAAAGAUGGAAAUAACUCAACUUUACAAAUUAAUCAAGCUUUAUCUUCAAGCUCAUUAAAUUUAUCCCACAGUUUGGAGCAGUUUGCUCACACCUUUGGACUAAUGUUAUCAUCAUUAAUUCGGUCUAUUACAACUAUUGAGGAUGCUCCAUUGUGGUUAAAUCAAUUUGAAUUAGAUGAAUCCUCUUACUUAUCAGAUAUAAUUACUAAAAUAAAAAAGCAUUAUGAGCAUGAAUUAUAUAAUCAGCUCUAUGUUAUUGCAACAUCUCUAGGAUCAGUGGGAAAUCCUGUUAAUUCAUUUACUAAUAUUGGUGCAGGAAUUGGAGACUUGUUCUAUGAGCCAAUAUAUGCAGUUACAUCUGGAAGAAGUGAAGAUGGUGUAGUUACUGGUGUUAAACGUGGAAUAGAGUCUUUUAUGAAUCAUUCUGUAUUUGGAGCCUUUCAAGCAAUUUCUAAGAUGGCUGGAACCGCAAGCCAAAUUGCUGGAGUAUUGACAAUGGAUGAGAAGUAUAUAGAAGAGAGAAGAAGAUUUGUACAUGGACAACAACCUCGUGAUUUAAUGGAUGGCUUAAGCAUAGGUGCUCAUGCAUUUGGAAAGUCUGUUACUGAUGGGUUCUCUAGUCUUGUAGGGGAAGUAGUUGAAGGAGCCACAACUGGAAAUCCCAACUCAUUGGCUCUUGGUUUAACUAAAGGAUUAGUUGCUGCUGUAGUUAAACCUAUUACUGGAGUGUUGGACUUUACUCAAAAAGCUGCACAGGGUAUUCAGAAGGCAUCUACGGUAGAUCGUGUUGGUAAUACAUGUCAACAUAGAUUUACAAGGGUCUUCUACACAAAUUAUGGUAUUAUUGCACCUUACUCAAUUGAACAUGCAUUCGUUUGUAAUUUACUAAAACGAUUAUAUAACUUUAAAUCAAUAUCUAGUAAUAAUGAGCUCAACAAAAUAAAUGAUCUUAGUGGAUGUAAAGUAAUUGGUGGUCUACUUUAUACUUCCAUAUGUGGUGAUGGUUCUAAACUUGCAAUAGUUACAAGUGAUUCGUUAUUAGUUUUAAAUUUUGAUAGCAACAUUACUAAUAACUUAACAGAUGAAAAUAUAUCUGUAGAUCAUCACAUAUUACUAAACGAUAUUAUAUAUGUACUUAUUGGUACUCUAAAAGUUCAAUCCUCAUCUGAUUCAACAUCUAAGGGGAGAUUUAAUGAAACAAGAGGUAGUGUCUCUGGUCAUGGUUUCACAUAUAAUAUAGAAGAAAUAUAUCCAAGCCCAUAUAGUAAAUCUGAGGAAAAAAAUUUGAACAAGUUGUUUAAUGGGAAGAUGAUAUCUGAAAUAAUAAUCCAGAUGAGAAGACAAAAAGAUAUUGCAUCAUCUUCAUCACCUCCCUCAGCUGCAAUUAAUGGUAUUUGCAGUAUGGUUAUUAUUGUGCAUCCAAAUACAGCCCUACCUCACUACAAGUGGAUAAACUCAAACAAUAGAGCAAAUCUCGUAAAGUUGAAAAAUGUUAUAUGUUCAUUAAUAUGA